AUAAACCCCGGCAGCACAGAGCGAAUUCCAUCCAAGGGCUGCACUCGGGACUCGGCACAGCCUGGAGGAAGAGCCUGAGCAUGGAGAGUCAGCGACUGUCCUCGUAUCGGCGGCGCUUCGGCCCCCAAGCCACCGCUGUCCACCAGCCCCUGAGAUCCUCGCCCUUCUUGUGGCUCAUGUCCCCCAGCCCCAGCACCAGAGUCUCCAUGACCAAGAAGAAGAGCUCCAGCCUGAGCAUCCGUGCCAGCCCCAGGUUCUUCCAGGACAAGGCCGAUUUCUCCCUGGCCGAUGCCCUCAACACCGAGUUCAAGGAGACGCGCACCAACGAGAAGGUGGAGAUGAUGGAGCUGAACGACCGCUUCGCCAGCUACAUCGAGAAGGUGCGCUUCCUGGAGCAGCAGAACAAAGUGCUGGUGGCGGAGCUCAACCAGAUCAGAGACAAGGAGCCCACCAAGCUGUCCGACAUCUACCAGGAGGAGCUGAGAGAGCUCCGCCGGCAGGUGGACCAGCUGUCUAAUGCCAAGACCAGGCUGGAGAUCGAGAGGGAAAAUCUGCUGGAUGACGUCAACAGCCUCCGACAAAAGUUACAGGACGAGAUUAAUCUGCGGCUCGAAGCUGAAAACAAUUUGUCUUCCUACAGACAGGAUGUGGACAAUGCUGCAUUAAUGCGCCUGGACCUGGAGCGGAAAGUCGAGUCCCUGCAGGAGGAGAUCAACUUCCUGAGGAAAGUCCAUGAGGAGGAGCUGAGGGAGCUGCAGGAGCAGCUGGCGCAGCAGCAGGUCCACAUUGAGAUGGACAUGUCGAAACCGGACCUGACGGCGGCGCUGCGAGAGAUCCGCAUCCAGUACGAGUCCAUGGCCUCCAACAACAUGCACGAGACCGAGGAGUGGUACAAGUCCAAGUUUGCAGACCUGACGGACGCGGCAGCCCGGAACAUCGAGGCCCUGCGCCUGGCCAAGCAAGAAGCCAAUGAGUAUCGGCGCCAGCUGCAGGCACUCACCUGCGACCUGGAGUCCCUGCGGGGGAUGAAUGAAUCCCUGGAGAGGCAGCUGCGGGAGAUGGAGGACCGCUACGCCAUUGAGACAGCCAGUUACCAGGACACAGUCAUCCGGCUGGAGGAGGACAUCCGGAGCCUCAAGGAGGAGAUGGCUCGGCACCUCCAGGAAUACCAGGACCUGCUCAACGUCAAGCUGGCCUUGGACAUUGAGAUUGCCACCUACCGCAAGCUCCUGGAGGGAGAGGAAAGCAGGAUCACCAUCCCCGUGCAGACCUUCUCCAACCUGCAGAUCCGAGAGACCAGCCUGGAUACCAAGUCAGUGUCUGAGGCUCACCUGAAGAGGAACAUCGUGGUCAAAACUGUGGAGACCAGAGAUGCAGAGGUGAUCAAGGAAUCCAGCCAGGAGCACAAGGACUAAGGGGGCGGCCGAGGAAGCGUGUAGCCGUAGAUCACUAGCAGUGUAGAUCCCGCCCGGCACUCGGCCCCUCUGACGUGGAACCAGCAGGGCCCAGCGGCUGCGAGGGCCCCACCCGGAGGGAACGUGUUUCGCUUGCCGGGAGCGGAGUUAACGAGACUAACCGAGGAGCUAGAGUAACCAGCGCCCCUUAGAACUGCUGCGCCUCGCCUGAGCCCCGUCUCUCCCUCCCGCCACCCCUGCCCGUGCUCCCGUCCGCCUUGCUCGCUGCAGCCUGGGGGAGAGGCCUGCUGAGCGGCUCCAGAGGCUGUGCUAGGCCCACCCAGAAACCCCCUUGGGGGGCUCUGCCAGAGGCUGCGCGGGGAGGGCAGGCGGGGAAGGCAAAGCAAUCGAGGGCCCAGCUCGUGCCCACAGAAAGGGCCAAAUCCAUGGCCCGGGAGCUGCAGAGUUUCCACUGCCUCCUGGAGCCCAGGGGUGGGAUUGGGCUGCACCCCACCACCUGCCCCAGGUCUCAAAGCCCCUAGGAUGGUGGAGGCCCUGAUCCCAGCUCAGGCCCAGGCAUCCCCAGGAGAGGUAGGAGGGGCCCUGAGUGCGAGUCUGCCCAGGGAGACCCCUGUGUAGUUGCAAGAGCGGGGGAUGCUGUGGAGAGCAGCUCUCCUUCAGCACUGCCCCCCGCCACACACCCCCACCGGCCUCCUGGAGAUCAGGCUUCCAGGGAGGGAGAUGCUGCUGCCCUCCCUGGGACGGGCUUGGGCCCACAGGAGCAGGGUUUCUGUUCCCUGGCCCCUGCAAUGGAGCCUGCUCCCCGACGCACCGGCGAUGGGCCCAGGGAGGCAAAGGCACUAGGCAGCUGCGCUGCACCAGAUGCCCUGGCCCUGCGGCUGGGCUAAGGCGGAGAACAGCUGGUUGGAACCGGAGGCAGGGCUGGGCUGGCUGGUGUCUCCCCGGUUCGUGCUGAGGGCUGAGCACCAGGCAGCUGGAGCCAGAGGAGCUGGGGGGACGGGAGGGACAGAGCCUCACAAGGAAACAGCUUCCUGCUACUGUCGGGAGGCCAUGAAGCCUGCUCAGGCUGCAGAGAGGAAAUCAGACCAAUGAUGGGGGGAGAGGUGCAGGCCGCAGCCUCCUGGCAGCCUCGUGGUUUAAUCCUGGCCCGUUCCCAGAGCCCGGGCUGGCAGCUGCGAUGGGCGUGAGGGGUGGGGCCCUGCCGAGCAGCGAUACACAGGGUUUGCCCUGCUUGGCGAUGGCGGCGUCCAGCCCUCGCUCUCACGGCUCCUCCGAGCGGCACGGCAGAGCCAGGGGCUGGUGAGCUGAGCUCUGUGCCCUGCUUGGUAUUUUCCUCCCUCCCCGACAGGCUGAGGAGAGCUCGCGGGUGUUUGGGAGGGGCCGGGAGCCAUCACAGAGCAGGCCCUAUGGUAGGAGGGGCUGGCGGCCUGAGUUACAGCCCAGGAGGGGCCCUGCCCCCUUCCAGCACGAAGGGCUUGUUACCAGGUGCCCUUGUCUCCCGGUUUCCUACGGGGCUGCUCUGAGACGCUCACUCUGUGGGGCAGGGGCAGGGGCAGCGCCAGCGGAGGGUGCCUGGCUCAGGGGGUACUGCUCUGGCUCGGGAGGGGGGCAGAAUCAGGCUCUAUGGAUUGUUCUCUGUGUGUCCUGAACUGUUGGACCGUGGUGUGUGCCGGUGAACAGCCGCCAGAGGUGGCUGCAUUGCAGCCGGGGUGAAUACAAUGCAGGGAUGUGACUAUGGGCGUACAGCAGCAGGGUGGCUGAUCUCAACCAGCCACUGCUUCUUCCCCCAGUUGGACGUUUCUAAUGCAAGUGAAAAUGGAGCGGGUGGAGAGAAAGGGACUGAAGGGCGAGAGAGGAGCCGGAUGGGGCCAGCCUGUCUGGGAGCCCCGUUGUGUUCAGGGACAGAUGUUCAGGGACAGAUGUUCCUAGUGACCACAGCUGCGUUGGGGAGGAAGGGGGCUCCAUUGUCACUCCAGCCCCAGCUGCGCCGCAGCCCUCCAUGGGCCAUGCUCUGCCAGUGAUCUACGUGCCAACACUGCCCCCACCGCCUGCCGCCCUGCAGCCUCAUGCAGGGAUGGGCAGCGGGAGAGGGAGGGCGGCAGCAGGCCCAGAGUUUGCAUAUUCUGUGUCCCCGAGGAGCCUGGUCAGACCCUGCCAGCCAUCACACCUGGGCAGCGAAUCCUGUGAGUGCGAGCGCCCCGUGCGUGGGGUGGAAAGGCAAACCCACGGGCCUCCCCUACACACAUGGUUUCCAGCCAAGCCGGUGUGAGGCAGCCACCCCACAGGGCAGGACGGCCGUAACUCAGAACGACCUCCCCAGUGCUCAGCCUGCGGGACUGGGCCUGCCCGCGCCUGACCCAUAUCUAGCCCGGAUCUAGCUGCAUCCGCCCCAGUUCCCUCCUGCAUGGUUGGUUUAGGAGCAGAGCUCUAAUGGCUGCUUCCAGGAGCAGUUAGUGCCACUCAUCUGCCCCUGUGCUAGGAACUCUGCUCGCAGGCUCCGAGUGCGGGUUAUCACCACAAAUCCAUGCAGCCGUGCAGCUCCCCAGAGGCAGGGGCGUAUUCUUAUCCCUUACGUGCAGCUGGGCCGGCUGAGGCAGAGAGUUGUGACGUGCCCAAGCUCACCCAGCAAGGCAGCGGCAGAGCCAGCACAGCCCCCGGCUCUCCUAGCUCCCACGCCUGUGCCCUAACCACUAGACAACACUCUCCUUGUAGAGCCUCCACAAGAGCUUCCCGGAGCGUUGAGGGGAUGGUGGCGCUGGCGUGGCCUUGCGAGGCACCUGCAGCAGCCGUGCUGGGCCCUGGGGGGACUCUCCCAGCCAGGUGCCAACCCGUUCAGAAGGGAUCAGAGAUUCUGGGCGGCUCAGGUUUGGGGCCUGGGGGAUUUUCAGAGGUGGGUGUCCAGCAUUUCUUAAAACCAGAACCCUUAAAGGUGUCUCCAGAUGGGCCCCAAAAUGGAGCCCUGCCCCCAACUCACUCGUCACUUAUGGACAUCUUGCUCCACGACCUUUGGCCUCCGAACCUGUUUCCAUUCCCCCAGAGCCCAGACCCUCAUCCAGCCGCAGGGAGGGGCAGGGUCCCCGGAGCUGCAGGAAUUCACUGGGGUGGGCGGGGGCCCAGGCAGGAGGUGGCCUGGGGCGCGCCAGGGAGCAGGUAUGUUGUGUGUUGUUUGUGUAGCACCCUCGCUCUGCGCUGAUUCGUUAGUGAGCCGUCCCCCGCUGGACUGUCUGCAUCGCGCGUCGCUACUGAUCCAUACGCUAAUGGCAGCAGCAGCCUGAGUCGAGCAAUAAAGCUGAAGCAAGCAGUGCCUCCUCGCUGGGCGGCUCAGUCUCCCUGCGCCGCGCCCAGAAACAUGAGCACUCGGUUGUAUCUGCAAUAAACUAGUGUGAGCAGCUCCUGGGCAAGCUCAGCUCUCCCAGCGCCUCCCGGUCCCAGCUGGCAUCUCCUCAGCCCUCUGCUCUGCCAGCCCCCCAUGCCCAGCCUGGAGGGCCCCUGCUAUUCCAGGCCUGGGCCCCACACAGCUUUUGCCACUGCAGCUCAAGCCUGACCUGAAACAGCCUAUGCCAGGUCCAGCUCCCAGCCCCAGCAUCUUUGCUGGGGUGUCUCCGUGGUGAGCUCCGCACUCCCUGCUAUAGUCCUGCCAUAACAGUCCUGCCAGCACACACCAGUCCCAACCCCAGAUGUUCUGAGCUGCCAACACCCAGCUGCACCAUGGAGCCACGGGGCUUGUGACAGGAACUCAGGCGCAGAAGGGGAAAUAGGCAGUGGAUACCAAUUGGCUCCAAGAUAAUACGGCAACUUUCCCAAACUGGGGAGGACAGGCACGCGAGGGCUGUAGGUGCGAACCUCAUGUGGAAGACAGCAGCCAGGCAGCAUUAGGAAGGGAUCCCCUCAUGCCUCAGGAGAGAGGAAGAAGGAUUGACCCUGGGUGCUUUGGCAGCAAAAGCAAAGGCUUGAGCUGCAGGCUGCCUCGGAGGAGCUGGGACCAAGCCAAUUUUCAGCAUUGUGCCCCAACGUCCCAGGCCGGAAAAGGGAGUGAGCAGGGAGGUGGUAACAUCUGCAGCUGACACCACGUUCUCUGGACUUGAGAAGAAGGGCAGGAAAUUCAGAGGCCCCCAGCCAAUCAGGGUGAACUGGCAACACAAUGGCAAAUGAAACUCAGUGUUGUCGAUUGCAAGGAGAAGCUCACUGGAAGGAAUAAUCCGACCUACUCAUGCCCGUUGUUCAGGUUCCAAAUUAACCGCAAGCCCUCAGGAAAUAGCCAUGUGCUCAAAGUGCAGUGAGUAGGCAGAGACGGAAACAAGAACCCAGAUCACUGACUGGUGUGAACCAUCACACACCAUGGGGGGACUGGUGUGAACUGACACCAGGGGCGGCUCCAGGCCCCAGCACACCAAGCGCGUGCUUGGGGCGGCAA